UCGACGUGAGAGGAGGCCAAGGAAGGAGUGGAGGGAGGACUGAGAGAGGGAGGAGUGUGUAAGGCAUCGUCUCUGUCGUGGUUGACGUAUACACGAAGAGAUUCGAUUCUGCGGCAGGGCAGCGCAGGAGGGAGGCGAAGGAGAGAAGGGUGAGCGCGAACUGAUCGGUUCAUUGGCCAUGAUAGGCCGUUACGCUGUGCUUCGCCGAUUAAGAGCGGAGUUUCAGAAGAGUGACGUACGGCCAUGGAUGCGCGGGAGCAGCGGGAAAGACUCUGGUCCGGCAUCGGCGCGUUGUAGAUCGUUAUCGACUGAUUGGCACGCUGUGCUGCGCUUUCCGGGUUGCAAGGCGGCUAUCGCUGGCAAGACCGAGGGCGCGGAUCCCGGGACGAAACCCGUUGGUCCUGUUGGUUCAGGAACCUGGUCGGGAUUGGGAUCGCGGGAACAACAAAGAAUAUGGAGAAGUGGUCCGAGUGCCGAUGGACAAUGGGACGAUCGGGAUUGGGAUCGUGGGACGCGUAUCCGGGCGGCUGCGAAUGCUGGGGGGAAUGGGAGGAGGGAAGGAGCUUGGUGGCCAACAGCGCGGUCACGGGACUUUGGAUCAAGGGGGGAGAAGGAGGGGGAGAAGGACGGGAAUAGAAGCCGCCGCCGCCGCCAACGACCCGUCAGCGACAGCAGGAGAGAGAGCCAAGCAGUCAGGUCCGCAUCCGAGGUGGGGAAGGGAACAGGGUGCAGGUGGUGUUGGGAAAGCGACCGCGAAGUGGGAAAGGGGGAGAGAAGAGAGGGAAGAGCUGUUGGGAAAUGGCGGGAGGUAAUGCGCCAUCGCAGUAGCUCCGCAGGGAGGAUAGAUCCUCCAAUUCCUAGGCAUCGGGAUCCGGUUAUGCCGCUGGGAGAUGGAGGAAGAAGAUGGAUCUUCGCCAAAUGUUGGAGUUCUCACGGCUAUGGCUAUGGCUAUGGCUGUCGCUAUGGCGGCGGCGGCAGGUGGAGGGGGUUAACGAGUGGUGGCGCGGCGCUUGGGCGCAGUGAGGGGGGCUUGGGCGGCGCGAGUGGCGGCGUGGGGGAUGUGGCUGCUGCGGAAAGGAGGUCUUGGAUAAUGCCGAAGACGGGGGAACCACACAAAGGGGUUGCGGAGACGAACGCGGAGGAGGAGGAAGUGGGGGAGGAGGCCGAGGGGGAGAAGGGGGAGGGAGAGGACUGGCUGGAGGAGGAGGAAGUGUAUGGUAAAAUGAACACUUUCGAGGCAGUACUUGAUACUAAGCGUGUGGAGAAUGAUUGCCAAUCAGCGCAGCAUAUGAGAACUGCACAAGAGCGCGUCGGUUUAUUUGGGUAUGCCCUGUUGACAGAGCCGAAGGGUUUUAGAACGAUGACGUCAGAAGCCAUAGAGAGAUCUGAAGAGCUGAUCGCACGGUUAAAGAUGACACCUCCUUCCAUCGAGAUAGUGAAGUUGCUAGACGAGAUUUCGAAUACGGUGAGAGCUGUAUAUUAUGACCUGGAUCAGAUGGAAAGAAGCAUAAAUGGAGGCGGAGGAGGAGAGAAGAAGACAAAAGGAGGAGGAAGGGGAGGAGGAGGAGGAAAGGAGGAGGAGGAGGAGGAGGAGGAGAGGAAGAAGAAGAAGCGGAAGGAAAGAGGUGGAGAAGGCUUCACGACGAUGGCAACAGCAGCUUCACGGGCAGCGACGACGAGGAGGGCUUCUCAACAAGGCAGCUCGACGGAGACAACGAUGGGAAGCUCGACGAAGACGGGCAGGCUUCACGACCGCAGCGACGAUGGGCAGGCUACUAGUGACGAGGAGGGGGAGAAGAAAGGAGGAGGAGGCGGAGGGGGAGAAGAAAGGAGGAGGUUGAGGAGGAGAGAAGAAAAAAGGAGGAGGAGGAGGAGGAGGAGGAGGAGAGUAGGAAAGGAGGAGGAGGAGGAGGAGGAGAGUAGGAAAGGACGAGGAGGAGGAGGAGGAGAGGAGAAGAAGAAUAGGAAAGGAGGAGGAGGAGGAGGAGGAGAGGAAGAAGAAGAAGAGGAAGGAAACAGGUGGAGGAGGCUUCACGACGAUGGCAACAGCAGCUUCACGGGCAGCGACGACGAGGAGGGAUUCUCGACGAGGCAGCUCGAUGGAGACAACGAUGGGCAGCUCGAUGAAGACGGGCGGGCUUCACGACCGCAGCGACGACGGGCGGGCUACUAGCGACGAUGGGCGGCUUCGCGAUGGCACCGACGACGGGCUUCGCAACAGGGAAUACCGCGUUCGAAUUCG